CCAAACGCACUGAGCCACUGCACAGAGUAUGCGGUGGGAUGCUGUUCAACAUUGAGUUGUUUAUAAGGAAAACUGUGUUGUCGGAUAGUGUCACUAAUGAAUGAAAACGUACAACCAAGGACAUUACCUUAUUAGAUAGAUAGACUCUAGGCAGAAGGUAGUGCUCAGAAGGGGCGGGGGAUGCGGGCGAUGGACACCCGGCAGUCCCUAGUCUCACGUGCUAAGGCGGAGACUGGAUCCCCAACACACAUCGUUGCUGACUCGCGUGCUCACACAGGACGUCCGACACGGAGAAAAACUUUUCUUACUUCAAACUUUCUACUGGAGUUUUUUGCGUACGAUGUAAGGGAGAUGGCCGGGACAAGCUCUGACUGGGUGGAGAUCCUGGAGCCUCGCACACGAGAGCGCAUGUACGUGAACCUGGCCUCGGGCGAGUGCGGCUGGGUGCCUCCGGCCGGCGCCACCGUGCGUCAGGCUGACGGCAACCAGUGGUGGGAGCUGUACGACCCGCAGAGCAGCCGCUUCUACUACUACAACGCGGCCGACCGCCUCACCGUCUGGCACCGGCCGCAGGGCGCCGACAUUGUGCCCCUGUCCCAGCUGCAGGCCAUCAAGCGCUGCAACGAGGUGCAGAGAGGAGGCCCUCCCAGCUCCACCACUGCCACCAUGGCCACCGCCGCCAACGGAGCAGGCACCAACGGAGGAGGCUCAGGGGGCACAGGGACCAGGGAGAGGCUGCAAGCCCAGGGAGGGGGAACCAUGGGCAGCCAGGGCAGACACACCCCGCUGCCUCCUCUGGAACCCUACCCUAAAGAGGGAGGAGGAGAAGGAGGAGGAGGAGAGGGGGAGAAGGACCACAGGAGGACAAACGAGGGUACGAUGGAAAGGCAGCAGGGGGACGGCAGCACAGAGAGUGAUAGCAAAGAGAAUUUGAGAGAAUCCGCUCAGAGAUGGCAGCCCCCACUUGGUUCUAAGGCAGCCAUGUUGGUGAAGGUGAACAGCAUGAGCAGAGCCCAGUCAGCGGCAGCAGCAGCAGCCAACGGCGGCGCCUCCCUGCAGCUCCUUCACCACCACGGCCCCCACGGCAAGCCUAACGGCCACUCCGCCUGCACCCUCAACCCCUCCAACGGCAAGUCCAGUGCCACCUACAUCUGCUCUGCGCAGGCCUAUAAGACCACGCCUGCUGGCAGCAAGAUGGCGGCCCCCGACACACGGCAAGCCCACCACCUGCGCAAGGCCAGUAAUGGGAGCUUCUGCCUGAUGACCUCACAAGGUGAGCUGGCCCAGAGCCCUGGGUCCCUGCAGCGUCCACAGUGCAGCACGCCGCGCUCUGUGUCACCGCAGUAUGCCGCCGCCGCGGCGCGUCUCUACGACGACCCGGCCUCCGAGUGCCCGAUCUACGACGAGCCGCCCGACAUGGCCAUGGAGGUGGAGGGGGCACAGCUGCAGAACGGAACCGCUCCACGACACCCCAACCCCCAUCAGCACCCCCACCCCAACCCCCAUCAGCACCCCCACCCCAACCCCCAUCAGCACCCCCACCCUCAUCAGCAACCCCACUCUCACAGCCUGCAGAAGCCCAAGCUCCUCCAGCCCCCCACCCCGGGCAACACUGGCUCCCGGCACAGGAGGGGCCCCUCGUCUUCUGACUACAGCCCCGCUGGCCUGGAGUGCAUCAAGCACAUGGUCAACGUGGACCCCAAACAGGGCAGCCUCCUGUCCUCGCCGUCACCCGGGCCCUCUCCAUCCCCCUCCCCGACAGCCACGCCCGACUCCCUACUCCCCCAGGGCCCGCGGCCCCAGCUGAAGGACGGCGUCAGCCUGGAGAAGAAGCAGCAGUCGUGGCGGGCGCUGGAGGCCAGCGUGCUUCGCGCCAUGGAGGUGCACCACAGCCGGCAGAGCAGCCAGGCCUCGCAGGACUUCGGCAGCCCCCCGCCGCCGCCGCCCCCGGGCCCCGGUGGCUACCAGGACUCUGGCUACUCCACGGGACCGUCCCCCAGCCUGAGGCGCAAGAGUCGCCGGCGCGUGGGGGGCCCCGGGGGUGGUGGCCGACCGGGGUCGAUUGGUAGCAGCGGCGAGCUGAACGCACUCAACGAGCGGCUGAUGGCAGAGAUGCGGGAGGUGGUGAGCCGCUCUAACACCAUGAGGGAGACACGGGCGAUGGCCGCCGUCACUGCAGUUGUGACAGAGCUGGACUCCGAGAUGGCCGAGGGCUGCUUGACUGGCCCGCACUGCCACUCCCCGUUGGGCUCACCCCGCAGGUACGGGAGAGGACCGCGCUGCUCAUCCCGGGAGGACCUUGCCACCGCCCCCACCACCACCGUUGCAAUCGGAGGGAGCCGAUCACUUGGCCGAGGGGGUUACCAUUGUAACCUGGCCAGCCUGGACUUCUCUGGGCGGCAGAAGCGCACCUAUGAGAAGGUGGACACGCUUGAGAAGAGCAUUAACAGCCAGAUGAGCCUGUCCACACCUGAGACCGUAGGACCGCCUUCUCAGGCGGGGACUCUUGACUCGAAGGUCCAGCUCGAAGGCAGGAAGAAGGGGAUGGUGGAAGGGCGGACUGGCUCCCUUGGCCCCCACAGGCCCAUCCCCGGGGACAGCAGCGCUCGGGGCCCCGCCAGAGGAGGUGGAGGAGGAGGUACUGGGAGCUUGACAGCUGGCACAGCCGAGUACCAGCUGGCCUACGCCACCCUGCGCCGGCCGCCACCCCCGGCCGACGCCAACAUGGCCGACUGGGCCAGCAAACACCUGAACCUGCACACGCAGGGUCUGUUCCGCCGCCGCGUCUCCAUUGCCAACAUGCUCUCCUGGAACCGCGGCUCCAUCAAGAAGCCCAUGCUGGUCACCAGCGACCGCGUGGUGCGCAAGGAGGCCUGCGAGAUGUUCAAGCUGGUGCAGGCCUACAUGGGCGACCGGCCGUCGCGCCUCGACCGCCGCCACGCUGCGCUGGUCAUCGUCACCAAAUGCUGGGCCAUGCAAGGCCUGCGCGACGAGCUCUACGUGCAGCUGGUGCGCCAAACCACCGGCAACGUGAGCCCGCGUAGCCUGGCCGCCGGGUGGGAGCUGAUGGCCGUCAGCCUGGCCUUCUUUGCCCCCUCACCCAAGUUCUGCUGCUACCUGGAGGGCUACAUCCAGCGCCACAUGGAUCCAGCCAAUGAUAAGAAACGUGACUUUCUCAUUGAACAACAGGUCACCACCCAGUUCAUCCUUGACCAGCAGGACAUCAAAAAGAAGAACUCAAAGUCCAGAAAGAAGAGAAAACAGAACACUGACGAGGACGAGCAGGAGGGCCUUCCCAUCAGCACUUAUGCUAAGUACUGCCACCGCAAGCUGCAGAAGGUGGCCGUCACUGGGGGAAAGAAGGGCCUGCGCAAGCCCACCCUAGAGGAGGUGGACCACAGCCGGCGGGCCAUCAUCACGCCCUCGCUGUUCGGCAGCUCGCUGGAGGAGGUCAUGGAGCGCCAGAGCGAGCUCUUCCCCGACCGCAAGCUGCCCUGGGUGCAGGUGCAGCUCUCCCAGUACGUGCUGGCCCUUGGAGGGGCUCAGACCGAGGGCAUCUUCAGGGUGCCUGGGGACAUUGAUGAGGUGAACGCACUCAAGCUGCAGGUGGACCAGUGGAGAAUUCCAGAGAACCUCUCGGAUCCCAAUGUUCCUGCCUCUUUGAUGAAGCUGUGGUAUCGCGAAUUGGAGGAACCUCUCAUCCCCAUGAACUUCUAUAAGCAGUGUGUGAAUAACUGCGAUGACCCUGUGGCAGCCGUUGGUGUGGUGCACUCACUGCCCGACCUCAACAGACAUGUGCUCUGCUACUUCAUCCACUUCCUGCAGGUGUUUGCGCAGCCCGCUAAUGUGGCUGUGACUAAGAUGGACGUGAAUAACCUGGCCAUGGUCAUGGCCCCCAACUGCCUGCGCUGCCAGUCUGACGACCCCCGCAUCAUCUUCGAGAACACGCGCAAGGAGAUGUCUUUCCUGCGCAUGCUCAUCGUGCAUCUGGACACCACCUUCAUUGAGGGCAUCGUGUAGAUCAUAUACACACAACUUCUCUCUCACACACACACACACACACACACACACACACACACACACACACACACUGAAGUUUAUGUACAAGAGAACACAGUGCAGAGGCCCUCAGUGAGCUUGUGGACAAAAUUGAGUGCUCAGUUAGUUCAUGCUCUCGUCUCUAGGAUAUAGUGCCAAACCCCCCACUGCUUUACUGACACCAGAUCCCCAUGCCAAACAGUGGGGGGAACUCUGUAAAUAUAUACACACACAAAUAUAUAUAUACAUACAUAUAUAUAUUUUUAUAAGUGCAUGAUGAACAAGGUGUCCAUUCUCUUGACUGAAGACGUCUGUUUGGACAUUGAGGAAGAAAUAUCAGAAUCGUUCAGAAAGAAUACUGAUACAGAAUAAUUUAUUUCAAAGAAUACAAGGUCAUCCUGAAAAGAUGACAAGUGGCUAUAAAAAUAAUCUUUGUUUCUGGACUCUGUUUUGGCCUAAAAAAAAAAGUCUAUCUGCAUUUCUAUGCAAUGUUUUAAGGAGGAGGGGGGAAAAAAAAGAUUUGUAUUAUGUACACUAUAAGUAGGAUUGUAAUAGUUAUUGUCAGGGAUUGAAUAUUACGUUCCUUCCUACCAUUUAUUCAUUUGUUGGUUGUUAUGUAAAGAUCUGUCAGUGCUAAUUGGUUUCUGUUGUAUAAAGCAGAUUUUUAUGUGAGCAGUGCAACAGCAGCUUUUUAAUGAAACAGGCCAGGAGCCGUAAUGAUCUAAUCAAAUACUGGAAGCAAUAAGAUUUUGCAAUAAACUACUGCUUUAAGGAAUCUGUGAAGAAGGGACUUGUGAAAUAUUUUACAGUCCUUGAUGGUUCUACUUAUUCAUUGUGAUCGCUGGGGAUGUCUUCAAAAUUAACUGUUCUUAUCUGUUAUGGUCAUUUUUAGCAGUCCUCCACAGAAUUCAGUCGACAUUUUUGGACAAACCAUAAAUCGAAUUGUAUUAUCGUGUGGAUAUGAAUGAAACAAAUAUGUGCAUAAAUGUAAACAAUAUUUCUUUGUGUUAGUGUUUUUUUGUGACAGUUGAGCUCAUUGUAAACUGUUGUUUAUUUCUGAGAGGCAGUCUGUGUGUAUUGACUAUGGGGGAGCACACAAAGAAUGUAGAUGACUGGUGUAGCUUUUGUAAUAUAAAAAUCCCUUGUAAAUAGUUCACACACUCGUUUUUAAUAACCAAACAGCAGGUGACUUUUCACGUCUUUUCUGGGGGGGGGGGGAAACAAACAUGAAAAUGUGUUUCUUGUUGUGAUGUAAAUGUUUCUGUGAGAUAUGUUUUGAGACUGCUUGUUUGAAAUCAGUAUUGAUCCACCUUACCAAUAUGUGUGUUUGCAUUAUUUGUUGACUUGUGGAAUGGUUGUUCGAAAAUAAUAAAAUAACACAAACCUUC